AUGCUGUCGAAUGCCGGAUUUCGAACGCACUGCAUCGGUGCUCUCAUCGCCUCGAAACAAAUGCAGCUCCUCUAUUACGAUCGAUCUUCUAUCUUUGUCUGCAAAGACUUUCACAUCGUCGACGCAAAUGGUGACGCUACAGACCUUUUCAUUGGCGCAAUCAUUAGCUUUUCCAGACUUACUGAAAAGCAACGCGGUAUCCAGAGGUCCCUUUGUGACGACUCGGCCAUGAUCAAGACGUACACCAUGAGGUGCAGAGAUGAUCCAAAAUCCCUAUUUCAAGGGGUGAAACUGAACCUGACCGUUUCGGAGGACGGGGCACAGGUAGUGCUUACACUUGGUCGUAUCAUCUCCCGCCAGCCCGGUAUCAUUGGGCGGGAUACCUGUGUGACGGAGGCGACGGCAAGUGAGUAUGAACCAUGGAAGGAGAAGGAACUGGUUGCGAAAAUAAGCUGGCCGGCUGCUUCGCGUGUCUCUGAGGUCGAGUUUGUGAUCAAGGCUCGGAAAAUGGCUCGGGAAAUGCCCCAACCACUUGUCGAUGGGGUUCAAAGUGAUUGGGCUUUAGACCAUCUUCCGGAUAUCAUUCACUCGCAAGAUUUCGAUUUUGACGCCGAUUCUCCUCAGGCAGCACUUCGGGAGUUUUUUCUGAAAGCCAAAUGGGCUAAUAAUCAGAUUUUCCUACAUGAAGAUCGCGUUUGUCGUGUUACAGUGCAGGAGAGACUGCAUCGACUAGAGGAGUUGAAGACGCCCCAAGAGUAUGCUCAAGUAAUAGUGGACAUCACCCAAAUUCACAAAUGGGUCUAUGACCAUCCAUGUAUCAUUCAUCGGGAUAUUAGCAUGGGGAACAUCAUGUGGCGACGAAAUCUCGCAGGAAUUAUAUGUGGUGUUCUGAACGAUUUUGACCUGGCUUCGUACCGAAGUGAGUCGGGAGCUACUUCCCGUCAUCGGACUGGCACGCGGCCGUAUAUGGCCUUCGAGCUCCUCAAGAAUGAUAAAGAAGGCAGACCGCCGAAGCAUCUUUAUCGACACGACCUGGAGUCCAUCUUAUAUGCCAUCCUCCAUCUCUCACGAUGUCAUGAACUGGACGGGUCCUUACCCGAGGGCGAAUCCCAAUUAGUUCGUGUUCCGUAUCCCACACUCGAUGAAUGGGUGCAUCUACCGUACGACAAAUUACAGGCGUCGAAGCAGUUCUUUUUUUUCACCUCCGAUCCGGGCGAUCCUGAAAUCGAGCCGACAUCUAGUUUUGAAGGGUUCAGGCCGUGGCUUGAGAGACUCUACAAUAUGUUCAGGACUGGAUUCAAGGCCCAGUCGACGUUCUAUGAUCUGUCAAAGGCUGCAGCGCAGAAAGCCUUGGCACCGGAACCAGUCGACCUGUUCAUCCCGAUGACAGAUGAAGUCGCGCCAUUUCAAGAUCCUGCCCCAUUCAACCACCACACUUUGGCUGGGAGUGUUGAUUACUUGAAGUUUCUCCGUGUGUGUCGCUACUUUGGUGGUGAACGGCUUCGCCUGCGGAAUUACCAGCUCGUACUAGAGGAGGAAACCUAG